AAGCACGGAAAGCUCAUCACCUUCCUGAGGACAUUCAUGAAGUCGCGCCCAACCAAGCAGAAGCUGAAGCAACGGGGGAUACUGAAGGAAAGGGUGUUUGGCUGUGACCUGGGGGAGCAUCUUCUCAACUCUGGCCAUGACGUCCCACAGGUCCUCAAGAGCUGCACUGAAUUCAUUGAGAAACAUGGCAUUGUGGAUGGGAUAUAUCGUCUGUCCGGGAUUGCCUCCAACAUCCAGAAACUACGCCACGAGUUUGACUCCGAGCAGAUCCCUGACUUGACAAAGGAUAUUUACAUCCAGGACAUCCACUGUGUGGGCUCCCUCUGCAAACUGUACUUCCGUGAGCUCCCAAACCCUCUGCUCACCUACCAGCUUUAUGAGAAGUUCUCAGAUGCUGUUUCUGCUGCUACAGAUGAGGAACGGUUGGUGAAAAUCCAUGAUGUCAUCCAGCAGCUGCCCCCUCCUCACUACAGGACACUGGAGUUCCUAAUGAGGCAUUUGGCUCGUCUUGCUGAUUACUGCUCCAUCACAAACAUGCACACCAAGAACUUAGCAAUUGUCUGGGCUCCAAACCUCCUGAGAUCAAAGCAGAUAGAGUCUGCCUGCUUCAGUGGAACCGCUGCCUUCAUGGAGGUACGCAUCCAGUCAGUGGUUGUGGAAUUCAUCUUGAACCACGUGGAUGUCCUCUUCAGUUCCAAGCUCAGUUCAGUCAUACGGGAUGGAGCAGGGCACAGUUCUUUAUCACGGCCCAAGUCUCUGUUGGUGUCCUCUCCUUCCACCAAGCUACUCACACUGGAGGAAGCCCAGGCACGAACACAAGCCCAGAUCAACUCUCCCAUCGUGGCAGACAGCAAAUACAUAGAAGUGGGAGAAGGCCCUGCAGCUUUACAGGGGAAAUUCCACACAGUCAUAGACUUCCCAUCCGAAAGGAAAAGGCCUCCCAGCAAGAUGAAGAAGUCACCAGUCGGCAGUUGGCGUUCCUUUUUCAACCUGGGAAAAUCCUCAUCCGUGUCCAAACGCAAGCUGCAGCGCAACCCCAGUGAGCCCUCAGAAAUGAAAGCCAUAGCCCUGGCAGGUGGACGAGGAGACAGUGGGACUCUUCGCUCAGCUAAGAGUGAAGAAUCACUCACCUCCUUGCAUGCUGUUGAUGGUGAAUCUAAACUCUUUAGGCCCAGAAGACCUAGGUCCAGUAGUGAUGCACUGUCUGCUUCCUUCAACGGAGAACUCUUGGGAAACAUGAAUCGCUGCAAUUCUUAUGACAACCUUCCCCACGAUGACAGUGAUGGGGAUGAGGGGCUCAUCCACGUUCCUGCCCUGAUAUCUCCUCGAUCUGCUGAAGAUGUUGACCUGAGCCCACCAGAUAUCGGAGUUGCAAGCCUGGAUUUUGACCCUAUGUCUUUUCAGUGCAGCCCACCCCAAGCAGAGUCCGAGUGCCUGGAUAGCAGUACCUCCCUGCUGGAGUCAGUUGGCAUAAACAAGGAGAAGCCAAGCCUACUAAAGAAAGAUACAGAAUCAGGCAGCCAGUCCCAGACACCAGGCAGUGCCACGAGCUCUGAGCCAGUUUCCCCUUUCCACGAGAAGAUGAGUCCCUUCUUCACUCUGGACCUGAGCCCCACGGAAGAGAAGAGCUGCAAACCCCCCACGUUCUCACCCCCAACGGGCCGGAAACCCAUCAAAUCUCCACCACUGACUACACCAGAACCCGUCUCCUUCGCGCUGCCCAGCCGCAUGCCAGAAACCAUUGGAGCAGUGCCCGUCACAUCCAGAAACUCCUCUGCUUCCAGCUGGAGCAAAGGGAUUGGCAUGACUGAAAUCACAAACAGGUCCCCAACCCAGAUGUCCUUGCCCCUGAAAAACAGUGAAACAGGAGCAGGGGAAGGAGCCCACCAAGAGCUACAGCACACCCAGCUAGUGGCUGCUGGCAAAGCAGAGUUGCCAGAAGAAGGGGAGAGACCAAUGUCAAGCAGUCAGAAUAAGACUGUACCCACUGGACACACACAGCCAGGAGCAGUUGCCCUCGACUCCCCCCAGGAUCCUGUUCCCGUCAGUUCUGUGUCUCUUAUCCCUCCUCCUCCUCCGAAAAACGCGGCGCGCAUGCUGGCCCUAGCGUUAGCCGAGUCCGCGCAGCAAGCGUCCGCCCAGUCUCAGAAAAGGCCAGGAGAUGCUCAUGCUGAAAGCACAAAUUAUGGAGAGGCUGAAGCUGGCACAGCUCUAGAAAAGCUCCAUCUCUCUGCCGGUGCUCCAGACAAGCUCCACCUCUAUAGUGGUCUGCCCGAGAACCGACUUCACUUCCAGACGGGUGCACCAGUAGAGCAGGAUUUCCAAGGUAGCAGCAGCACACCUGGGGAGCAGAACCACCCACCGGGUGCACCUGGAAGCCAGGACCCCCUUCCACCUCUCCACACCCCAGGCGUGCCUGGGGACGUGCCUGGUAGCAGAGAUGCAGAGCAGGAGCAGUCCAGCUUCCAUCCUGGUAAACCGGGGGACAAAGACCACUUCCCCUCCCAUGCUGGAGACUGGGACCACACACCCCCCCACCCUCCUGGUGCACUGCCUGACUGGGAGCCACCCGCAGCAGACUUGCCUGUAGAUAAGCCCCAGCUCCGCACCUGUGGGGCUGGGGACAAGCACCACAUUCCCAUCUGCACAGCUGAUAACAAGCUUCAGUCUCCUCCUGUCCUAAGUGCCGGGGAGAAAAGCACCCCG